AUGGAGUCCACGCCGAUCUGUCGGUGCCGCGUUCUGUAUCUCGGCUCGGCGGUGCCCCAACAGAGCAAGGAUGGCUUGCAAGGAAUCCAGGAACCCCUGCGCGAAUUGUACCCGGAAAAGGGGGCGACCACCGGCGGCAUAGACUCUUGGCUCUCGGUGUGGUCGAAUGGAAUUCUGCUCGAGAACGUGGACGAGAGCGGGUCUAAAGUGUCGCGGUUCUUUCCUAUAUCUAGCCUUCAUUAUUGCGCAGCCGUGAGACGUGUCAGCGUCGAGGGUGCGCCGAGAUUUUUACCUUUAGACUCUCCGUUUGCCAGAGCGCCGGCGGCGAGGCGACCUCCUUUAUUCGCGGCUGUCCUACGUCGCACGCAAGGCAUCAAAGUGCUCGAAUGUCACGCCUUCAUCUGCAGGCGAGAGGCAGCCGCCAACGCGCUCGUUCGGUGCUGCUUCCACGCAUAUGCGGACAGUUCAUAUGCGAAGCGCUUAGAGGCUGAGAGGUCGCCCUCGCAAUUGCCCGAACCGGAUGAAGAAGUGGAGGUAUACGAUGGUGAUGAAAACCACAAAGUGUGGAUCGGUGAAGUGGAAAGGGAUGAUGCGAGCGAUGAGAUUCCACACCCGGCGCGUGCUCCGCGACCACGACAAAUAAGUCGACCGGCUUCGGUGCCCCCACCGCCCCCGCCACCUGAGGAACCCAAAAAGAAAUCCACUACGAAGAAGUCAAAGAAGAAAUCUUCUGCAUCAGCGGAUGAGUUAUACGCGACGAUGCCGGGUCCAGCGCCCAUGAUGAAUGGAAGAUCCCUAGGUCGAGCUCCGCCCGCGUGGGCCGCUCACCCUAUGGUGUUAGUAGCACACCCAGCUGCUACAUUACCUCAUGCGCGACCUGCUACUCUAGGUCACAGAGGUCGUGUUCCUGCAGCAUUAGCCCCGGGACCUUUUGCACCUGUCCCCCCACCAGGGAGGGGUAGAAUUCAAUAUGCGACAGUAGAUCCUCGGCGUUCCAAACCGCAACCUCCAGCAUUAAAAGCGGCACAAAGCAUGACGACUUUGGAAGCUGUUGAGGAUGCUGGUGGGAUAUAUCGAAAGAAAGGUCAUCUAAACGAGCGUGCUUUCUCUUAUAGCAUAAGACAAGAGCACAGAAGUCGAUCGCAUGGAUCAUUAGCCAAUCUCAAAUUCGCUGCUCCGCCAGAGGUGGAGACAGGUCGUGAAGAAUUGAAAAAGGAACGAGAGAUUAUGCAGUUGGUGGCUGGUCUUCAGCUAAAUUCCGACGAAAUCGAAAGACGGGAGAUCCCGCCGCACAUGAUGAGGGGACGACAUGCGCCAAGGUAA